UUGAUAUCAACUCUUGAAUCAAGGGCACGUGCAGCUGAUGUGCUGCCAAAGCCCACAUUUCGUCGACAGACACCGCAGUCUGCGAAUGAAAACGUCUUCUACGAUGUCCUCUAUGCUUACUACGUCCGCCGCCUAAAAUUCCACCCUGCUGCGAAAGUCUGCUUCGAACAGGCAGUGCGGCUCUCUGAGGAAUUGGCACUUACUUUGCCCUCACUGUUUCGGCGAGUGAAGGGCGGCCAGUGUGGCGCGGGUUCUAGAGUUUUGGCGGUUCUCCAAAGACAGGCUUUUUGUCUCUCUGCUUGCAUAAGUGCACUGGAGUUGCUGCCGUCGGAGGAUCAAUGGCUCGUCAUACCAGAUGUCAAAGGUGCCUUCGUUGAUGGACUUGUCGCAGAAGAAUCGCCAGACGAUAAGACUGAAGCCAUGUCUUGGGCAUUCGAUGAUGACGAAAUCGAAUGUGAAUGUAAAGGCACAGUUCCCGAAACCACUCCAUUCCGUGCUGAGGGCCGUCGUGUCCUACGGCUGGCCGAUCUUGAGCACCAGUACUUGGCCGUGCGAGCCCGUCUCCGCCUAGCACAAGUGUCCUGGCAGCAAGGCAUGCUUCGUGUGGGAGCCACUUCGCCGCAGGAGCUCUAUUCUUCUCUCAUCGCUACUGCGCUCUUUGAGGAGGCCUUUCACCUCUUGGUAUCCUUUGACCUUGACCCAUCAGCAUUGGUUACCACAGUGGCCUCUCGCUGCGCAGCGCUCACAGAGCACCUGCAAAUUAAUAAUGGCAACUUAUCCAAUGCCCCUUGCCUCCUGCCUCUGUCUAAUGGUGCCUCGCUGCUGAGCGUUGAACGCGCACUAGUCGCAAAGUCCGUUGCUGCCCUGUCGGAUUACCUAGAUCUCGAUGGAGCAAUAACGGUGGAAAGUCAAACGAGUCAUCUCCUCGAUUUGUAUUGGUCCCUUUUGAGAGUCAUUUUAUCGUCCUUGGACUCUCAUGUAGUCAAAAGUCAUCCACGGUCUAAAUGGGAUCUUGAUUUGCUUGCCUGCCGAAUAAUACUCUCCGGAUCGCCCAGUCAGCACUCUUCAAUCCAACUUCCUGGUUGGCUCAUGCAAAGGCUCCUCCUGAGUGAGGCUCCCGGUCCAGUGGUGCCCCUCUUGCGACUUUUUCUGCAGCACAACAGACUGCGCGACGCCUGUCGUUUGGCCACUUCUAUGCUAUCGGCUGCUGUCGGCCCAGAGACUGGUCAGUGCGCAGCCCUCCUCAAGAAGGCUAACCUUCACCAGCUAAAGAUGAGUCAAAGCCCUCUCAGUGAAUGUGCUUCUUCGAUGUCAGUUUAUCUUCCGCACGGUCUCCUUGUGCGUCUUCUGGAUGCCCUUGCUUCCGUCUCGCGCACCUCAGUGCCAUUCUCCUCCUCAGUGAUCUAUGUUCUUGUUCAAGGUGCUGUCAUCUCGGCGAGGAAGUUCUGCCCAAACGCGAUAGACCAUCUGCAGUCGCCACGGUUUUAUAGCUUUCGUCAGCUUGGCUACUUUUCAGUUGGUUUCGUCCUUCAGCUCAAAUAA